AUGUUUGCAACCCUUGAUAAUCGUUGCCUAAAAUACUUUUGGGGACGUUUAUGGAGCGAUACUCUUUUAUUUUUUUGCCAACGCGGCGGAGGCGGAAGAGGAAACGGUCCAUCCUCCACAUUCUGCAGCUGGCAUGGUGUCACUUGCGGCGGAGGCGGAAGAGGAAACGGAAGAGUGGUUUCACUUAAUGUGACCGGUCUACGCGGCGGUGAACUGGCGUCUUCCAUCGGAGAGUUAUCCGAGCUUCGAGUUUUGUCGAUUCCUGAAAACAUCUUCUUUGGCGAAAUUCCGGUGAGUUUGAUGAAUCUCCGGGGACUUGAGGUUCUUGAGCUUCAAGGGGAACGUGUAGUAUCCAGGGUAUUGUCAGCUACGAAUGAGGAAGGUCGAGUUAAAGGGGAGAACUCCAUCGAACAUGUCACAUAUGAGGAAGAUGCUAUUGAUGCUGACGACAAUGAUGAGAGACUUACUAAAUCAUCUAAUGCUUCUGAUAAAGCAUUUGAGGUCUUAAAAGAAUUUUGCUGUAAUGGUACUGUUGUCGAGGACCCUGAGUUGGGCCAGGUUUGUCUUCUUUUUUUCAUGCCUACAAAUCCAAAAACAUCACUGGAUUGUUCCAUUGAUACUGGAUUGUUCGUUACUGGUUCAUAUGAUCAUUAUGUUAAUGUUUGGGACACUAACACCACUCAGGUUGUGGUGAAUUUUAAAAUGCCUGAUAAGUUGGAACUGAGGAUGUACAAGUUCGGCUUUGUGAAUUGUGAUAUUGCUUCGGGGGCAUUUGCUCAUACUUUGUCUGGUCAUCGAGAUGGUGUAAUGACUGUUGAAUGGUCUGCUUCAAGUGAAUGGGUCUUGAUUACUGGGGGGUGUGAUGGCGCCAUACGUUUUUGGGACAUAAGGCAUGCUGGUUGUUUCCAAGUUUUAAAUCAAUCUCGUACACAGCUUGGAAGACGUCCACCAAUACUCAAACGUUCUUCCAUAACUAAGGAAUCAAGUACAAAAAUGCAUGCUGCACAGAAGAAAUUUGUCAAUGGCAGUGGCAGUGGACAACUGCCAAUUGGCAGGCUAUCAUCUAGGGGACCCAUGAAGCAGAAAUUACAAUCUUCACAAGUCAAAGGAAAUGGAUGCAACCAAGUCAAACAAUGGUGA